AUGGCAUCCGCUCACAAUUCCUUGCGGGACCGCCAGAUCAGAUCGAUUGAGCGCAUGCUAAAUUUGAAUCACGAACCCGAAGAAUCAGCCAAUGGCCACGCCGAACAAAGCUCUAGCAAUGGCCUAGCUGUCCCAUCCACGCCUUUACUGAACUCGGACGGAGAUCCAAUAUGGAAAGUUCUUGUGUUUGACGACUUGGGCCGAGAUGUAAUCAGUAGUGUGCUGAGGGUCAAUGAUCUGCGAACAUGGGGGGUUACGAUGCAUAUGCACAUAGGUUCUGCGCGCCAUCCAAUCCCAGAUGUCCCCGUUCUAUAUCUGGUCGAACCUACGCCCUCAAAUCUACAUGCCAUUACCACCGACCUCUCUCGUGGCCUCUACUCCCCCGCCUACAUCAACUUCCUCUCCUCAAUACCUAGACCCCUCCUCGAAGACUUUGCGAGACAAACAGCAGAAGCUGGGACAUCGGAAAACAUUUCACAGUUUUACGACCAAUACCUAAACUUCAUAGUUGGAGAGCCAGAUUUGUUCAGUCUGGGAAUGGGAAAAGAAAACACAUAUUGGGCAUUGAACAGCGCAAAGACGAAAGACGAGGAAUUAGAUCAUGUAAUAGACAGGAUUGUGAGCGGGCUAUUCAGUGUAAUGGUUACUAUGGCUGUUAUGCCCAUUAUACGCUGCCCGAAAGGAGCGGCAGCGGAAAUGAUUGCUGCCAAGCUGGACCGAAAACUUCGAGACCAUAUCUUAAACUCGAAAGAUAACUUAUUUUCUGCGCCGUCAAACCGACCCUCGACAGCAUCAGGAACACCUUCAUCGCGGCCCGUCCUUGUCAUUCUGGACCGGAAUGUAGACUUAAUACCCAUGCUUUCACAUUCAUGGACCUACCAGUCGCUUGUACAUGACGUUUUGAACAUGAAACUCAACCGCAUCACUGUCGAGACUCCAGUCGAUGAGGAGAAUCCUGCCAAGGGCACGACCAAGAAAGCAUACGAUCUCACAUCGAACGACUUCUUCUGGAGCAAAAAUGCCAGCGUACCUUUCCCGCAAGUCGCAGAGGAUAUCGACGCCGAGUUGGUACGGUACAAGGAUGAUGCGAACGAAAUAACGAAGAAAACAGGAGCUUCAUCAAUAGAAGAUCUCCAAAACGAUACCAGCGCUUCGGCGCAACACCUAAAAGCAGCCAUUACCCUCCUACCAGAAUUAAGGGAACGGAAAGCUGUGCUGGAUAUGCAUAUGAAUAUCUUGGCCGGUUUAUUGAACGGUAUCAAAAAUCGAUCACUGGACAACUUCUUCCAACUGGAAGAGCAGAUCAUGAAACAGACAAAAGCUCAAAUCUUGGAAGUUCUCAAUGACGAAUCGAAGGGCAAAGAACCUUCAGAUAAGCUACGACUGUUCAUUAUUUGGUUCCUAAGUACCGAACAAGACGUCUCCAGAACCGACAUGGAGAAAUUCGAGGAAUCUCUCAAGGCAGCUGGUGCAGAUACCACCUCCCUCGCAUACGUCAAACAAGUCCGCGCCACAACCCGCAUGACAAUGAUGACCUCUGCACCCUCCCAAGCCAUAGCCCAACCCAGCACCGCCAGCACCGAACUAUUCGGCCGCUUUUCCAGCAUCUCCAACCGACUAACCUCCUCCUUAAAAGACACCGGCGUCGGCGCGAACUUUGACUCCCUAAUCUCUGGCGUGAAGAACUUCCUCCCCGCAAACCGGGAUCUUACCGUAACCAAAAUCACAGAGUCACUCAUGGACCCUGCUUCCGCAUCAUCCUCCGCUAUAGCCAAGACGGAAAACUAUCUAUAUUUCGAUCCACGAAGCGCUAAUGCGAGGGGUACGAUGCCACCUCCUAGCGCGGCGAGGAAGGAGGGGAGUAGUAUGCCGGGCGGUAUGGGACCGGGUAUGGGCGCUACGUUUGGACAGAGACGCCAAGGGUUUAGCGAGGCGGUUGUGUUUACGGUUGGGGGCGGGAGUAUGGACGAGUAUGGGAAUUUGCAGGAGUGGGCUAAACGGACUGGGGCUGGGGGAAGUGGAGCUGAGAAGGGCGCAGGGAAGAGGAGGGUUGUGUAUGGGGAGUACGGAGCUGGUUAA